AUGCCGCCGGCUGAAGUCAGGCGGGCUGCCAGACAGGAGCCCAUGCACCACGGGAAGGAGGGAGGGGGUGUUGGGGGGAUGGGGGGGUUAUAUGGAAAAGAGAAAGAGGCUAAUCACGACGGCUCUCUUAUCUCCGACACCUCUGCAGUUCCCCAUCUUAAUCUGCCUCUAAUCUGCAGAGUGGGCAGACGAUCAGCAGACAAGCUCCGAGGAGUGUGGCCUCCCAUGUCCUCCUCUCACUCACACACAGACUGCUCUUCCUCCUCACACUUCUUCUUCCACUGCAGCAGACCAGCAGUCGAGGCCCGCUCUCUCGGAGCCCGGGGCCCGAACAUCAAUCAGGCCAAACAACAGGCUGAGCUCUGUUUGUGA